AUGGCUUUCAGAGCAACUGCAGUUGUCUGUACCAACAUGAAGAGAUGGGCUUACAAAAUGGCUGGAUUUAACCAAUAUGGUCUACUUCGUGAUGACUGUCUGUAUGAAACUGAAGAUGUAACGGAGGCAUUACGUCGGCUUCCGCAACAUGUUGUCGACGAGCGUAACUUCCGCAUUGUACGCGCACUUCAACUCUCCCUUACCAAAAACAUCCUCCCCAAAGAGGAGUGGACCAAGUAUGAAGAGGACAAGCUCUACCUAUCACCUGUUGUUGAAAUUGUAAAGAAGGAACGAUUAGAGCGCGAGAACUGGGAGAAAAAUUAUUGA